AGCGGCGCCGCGAGAGGCGCCUCCCCAUCUCCGUCCCGGUCCCGGCUCCGACCUCGAUCUCGGCGAGCGCGGGGCGGGACGGCCGCCGGCGCCGGGCUCCGCGCACCGGGCAGCGCUCGGCACCGCGCGGCGCUGCGCUGGCCGCCCCGGGCGGCGGACGCGGGGCACCAUGAUGAGCAAUUACCCGGACGGCGAGGAAGACACAGUGGCGCUACUGGCUCAUGACACCAGCGGCAGCAAGGAGCCGGAACGAGUCAAGGAGGAGCUGAGCACGGACAAGGGCCCCGAGAAGCCGGACCCCUCGCAGAAGCCCCCCUACUCCUACGUGGCCCUAAUCGCCAUGGCCAUCCGGGAGAGCGCUGAGAAGAGGCUCACGCUGUCUGGAAUCUACCAGUACAUCAUCAGCAAGUUCCCUUUCUACGAGAAGAACAAGAAGGGCUGGCAGAACAGCAUCCGCCACAACCUCAGCCUCAACGAGUGCUUCAUCAAGGUGCCCCGGGAGGGCGGCGGCGAGCGCAAGGGCAACUACUGGACCCUGGACCCCGCCUGCGAGGACAUGUUCGAGAAAGGCAACUACCGCAGGAGACGAAGGAUGAAACGGCCUUUCCGGCCGCCUCCGACCCACUUCCAGCCUGGCAAGACCCUCUUCAGCCCAGACAGCUAUGGCUACCUGUCCCCGCCCAAGUACUUGCAGUCUACCUUCAUGAACAACUCGUGGCCGCUGGCGCAGCCCCCCGCGCCCAUGCCCUACACCUCCUGCCAGAUGUCUGGCGGGAACGUCAGCCCCGUCAAUGUGAAAGGACUCUCGGGCCCGGCGUCCUACAGCCCCUACUCGCGGGUGCAGAGCAUGGCGCUGCCCAGCAUGGUGAACUCCUACAACGGCAUGGGCCACCACCACCACCACCCGCACGCCCACCACCCGCAGCAGCUCAGCCCGGCCAGCCCCGCGCCGCCGGCGGCCCCGGCGGCGAACGGAGCCGGCCUCCAGUUUGCCUGCGCCCGUCAGCCCACCGAGCUGUCCAUGAUGCACUGUUCCUACUGGGAGCACGACAGCAAACACAGCGCCCUACACUCCCGCAUAGACAUCUAGGGAGGCUCCGGCCGGCCGCCGUCACAGAAAUGCACCGGCCCCGCUGCCCCUCUCCCAUCCCGCCGCGUUCCCCUGUGCUCUCGUGUCUCUUCUCGUCCCUUAGCUGCAGACUUUCCUCUUUCUCUGCCCAAACUGUCGCGGUGGGUAAAUAGCAGCCUCGCCCCGGGUGUAGUGUCAGUGCAGGAGCCGUCCGGCCAGGAGAAGAAGGCAGUGUAAAUGUGGGAGCUUCCCCGCGGGGCUGCGCCGGGCGUCGGCGGCCGGGCCGCCUGUCUCCGAGCGAGUGGAGAUUCACCGAGUGUUUCUCUGCUUGUAUGUGUGUGUGUGUGUGUGUGUGUUUGUUUGUGGGUUGUUAGUUUUGGUUUGGUUUUGGUUUC